UAUACAUAUAAGCUGAUUGUUUCCCGCUUAGAGCCAGUCUGAUCAACCCUCUAGAUCUACCAGUAUGAUCUCGGUCUUGAACUCGGAUUGUCUGUCUGACGCAGGUAAUCAGUCUGACACAAAACUGUGUUGGAAGAAAACGAGCGGUUGGAGUAAGGUGUACUUGAAGUCAGGGCAGAUGUUUCAAUCCAAUGUGUCGUACAUGGUUCGUCUGGCUCUGACUGAUCAAUACUGCAGUGCUUCUCCUGUCUGGUCGACUCGUGAUGCUUGUAAAGGGCUUCUCUUUGAAUUGCCUUCAGAGUACACGUACAACUCACAGGAAUCAUGCCAUCAGACUCGAGCAUACGGAGUUAUAAGCUACAACAGCAAGAAUCAGUGGCACUGUGUCGAACUGGAAGACAAUGGCAGAAUGCGUGUGUCGACGACGCCCGAGCAAGCUUCGUCGGACGACAUGACGCUCGGUUGGCGCGUGCUGUUUGAAGUGGGCGCGAUUGUGGAGAGUAGAGACGCUCGGGUGCAACAACUAGUUGCCAGUUGCAGACACAGUGACCGUAGAGACGUGCCUUUGUUUCAAUUAUCGUAGUCUUCUACAAUUGUAAAUUGCACAGAUAAUUACCGGUAACGUUGUAAAAGAACUACAGCCUACGUACAAGCUUAGAUCGACUUUAGCAAUUUAGAUAGCGGUGUCUUGUAUAUAAUUAAUUUAUUAACACUGAA